GUAGUAUAACCAGCUGGGAGCCAGCCGGCGGGACGCUGUGGGUUGGCGGCCCAGUGGGAUGGCAGAUGAGGAAGAAGACCCCACCUUUGAGGAAGAAAAUGAAGAAAUUGGAGGAGGUGCAGAAGGUGGACAGGGUAAAAGAAAGAGACUUUUUUCUAAAGAAUUGCGAUGUAUGAUGUAUGGCUUUGGGGAUGACCAGAAUCCUUAUACUGAGUCAGUGGAUAUUCUUGAAGAUCUUGUCAUAGAGUUUAUCACUGAAAUGACUCACAAGGCAAUGUCAAUUGGAAGACAAGGUCGAGUGCAAGUUGAAGAUAUCGUCUUCUUGAUUCGUAAGGACCCAAGGAAGUUUGCCAGGGUUAAAGACUUGCUUACUAUGAAUGAAGAAUUGAAACGAGCUAGAAAAGCAUUUGAUGAAGCAAAUUAUGGAUCUUGACACUUUUUGUAGUUUCUGAAAAUUACCAUCUGGGGAAACCAUAUAUAAUAAUGUAUAUUUUCUAAAGUAAGGUUCUGAUAUCUAGCCAUGUAAAUGAAAGAUGGAGAAACACAAAGUUUUCAGCCUUUAUUUUUAUGCCUUUGAUUUUAGAGUGAUAUUGGUGCAUGUAAUUGCCUGCCUUUGUAUUACCAUACUUGAAUUACUUACUGGGUUUUAAUGACCACACAUAAGUCAAAGUACCUUGCAAACCAUGUCGUUCCUUCUGACUAUGUAAAGGAUAAAGUAGUAUUUGUGUGUUAGGUAUGUUUAUGCCCUUGUAACCUUGUAAGCUAUACUGUAGCUUUUUUUUUUUUUUUUUUUUGAGACGGAGUCUCACUAUGUCACCA